CUCUAGCUGUUUGCGGCGCCGUUCUGGUUGCUGGCGUAUACACAAGGCGUUACGGACUGACUUCAGCGCAAAAUACCGCGGAGUGGUUUCACCGUAGUCACCUUGAGUACAAGCAAGGACUAGUUCCAAUUUCUUCAUUCCAGCGUCUUUAUCAGUUGUUUUAUGGGCUUGUAGAUUGGUCACCUCUCUCACCUGAGCAACUGCGAGCCUCAAGCGAGCACGAUCCUUGUGGCUGACCCCUCUAAUCAGUCCCUAGAGACAUUGUCUACUCAGUCGCUCGCAGGUUCUUCUCUUCUCUCUUCAAUCCAACGCCAUGGCCAUCGCAACAGAUAUACCAGGUCUUCAAGUCACUAUCGAGGUCGACGGGACAGCACUAACAGAGUACGAACAUGGAAUAAUCGAAGAUGAUGACACUGCGACCUCUGCAACCAGGUAUAUCGGAGCGCCGCUAGCUGGCAACUUCUCCAUUCGCUAUCUGUUUCGUCCGCCUUUGAGCCGGCACUCGGCAGUGCAAAUGGAUGUAUUGCUAGACGGUAACUACGUGCAAGCUCCAUUUGUCGAGUGGGGUGGGAAGGAAGAUUGCGAGGGAUACAUUUGCUCACGAUCCACUUCGUCGAUUGGCGGGCACAGCUUUACCCAGGGCUUUCAAUUCGCUGAGCUGAGAACCAACAAGAUCAAUACUCAAAUGACUCAAGACCUCGCGGAUCGGCUUUCACCCAUUGGCCGCAUUGUGCUCUACUUCUACUUCAUCGAGCAUAUGGAAGCAGUGACGCCGGCAGAAGUACUUCAGCUUGCUAUCAACGACUUUGAUGCUCUCAGCGAGAAAGCAUUGCACAAGGCGUCUGCGAUGCAGGGCGAUCAACUGUCUCAUCAAACUAGUCUUACAGCACCUAAGCAGCGUGAUACCAUCACUUACAACGAGGUCAAGACGACUGAAAACGAGCCUUUCGCAACGUUCACCUUCUAUUACAGAUCGACCAAUGCACUUAAGUCCAUGGGCGUUAUUCCGCGCAACCCAAGUCCUUACCCGGAGCCAGAGUCAGAUGCCGAAGAUAGGGAUCCAGAAGACAUGACCGAGGAGGAGCUGAGGGCGGUGGUUAGACGUAUGCGCGAGAAGAAUCAGAAAGCAAUCGCUAUCAAGCGCGAACGCGACAAAGAGCGAGAAGGCAGUGAAGAUACCCUAGUUGGUGAUGAGGUCGAGUGGAUCGGCAGCCAGCCGGCACAUCCGAUUGCGAAGAAGAUACGCCGCGCUCCUGGUCCUGAUGACGAGGUCGUGGCUCUGGAUGAUUGAGCGUAUUCGACAUUCAGGCUCUAUGAUUAUAUGACUGUGCCAUUCUCAGUCAUUCUGGCGCAUCCUAGGGCUGGAGAAUUAGACACCAUCGCUAGGUCAUCAUCAUUGGGGGCAAUGCUGGUAGCAUUAUCGGACGAUUAUUCAUUCCGUAACCAUCUAUUCAUGCG